GAAAAGGAGUUGAAGAAGAUAAAAAUAAUAGUGAAAGUAAAUCAUUAGAUGAUAAUAAUAAUAAAAGUGAAUCAGAAGAUAGUAGUAAUAAAAGUAAUAAUUAUUAUGAAAAAAAUAAAGAGCUUAAU